AUGACGAGAAGCGGUAUGAUGUACGAAGCUACUCGAGUUCUAGGGGAAGGCGCUUUCGGUCAAGUCUAUGAAGCGACAACCGCUGGCAGCAAAACUCCUGUGGCAAUCAAGAUGAUCCGGUCUUCCGGGCUUGUCCACUCUCAAGUUGCGCGCGAAGAGAUACGAAUCCACCGAACGAUCAGUCACGACGCGGUCGUGCGCUUCGUUGAGGCAUGGACCGAGCCGGGCCGGGUCUUCAUCGUCCUGGAGCUCUGCUCAGCGACUUUAGCUGACUACAUCGGCUUUCUACACAGUCCAAGGUCCUGGACGCAGGAGCAACAGAGUGGCCUAUUCGAACGAGUCAGGCCAGAACGCCUUGCCCUGCAGAUCAUUUUUGCUCUGCACUACCUACACACAAGUCAAAAGCUUCGCAGGGCCAUCCUCCAUCGGGAUCUAAAGCCAGAGAACAUACUCAUCCACGGUUCAGGCAUCGCAAAAGUAUCCGACUUUGGUCUGGCUUGCGUGAUCGAUCGGGGCACAAAAGCGAGAAUGGGGAUAGCCGGAACUCCUGGCUUUCGCAGCCCGGAGAUGCUCAACGGCCUUCCCUACGGCACAGCGACGGACAUUUGGUCGCUCGGUAACCUGCUGUGGGAGCUGUUCACAGGAAUACCUUUGCACCGCGAGCUGCAGUCAGGAUCAUCCAAAUACAACGUUCGGGUCAACGUCAGGUCCGGAAAAGGCGUAUUUCACCUCCGCUCUGCAAUAGACAGGAUGCUUUCAAGAAAGGACGAGGCGAGGCCUAGCACGAACGAUCUGCUUAGCGAUGCCGCA